AUGGAAGAGACGUCAAAAAAUGAUAUAGAUGUUAUAGAAAUAGGUUUGCCACCCAUUAAAGUUAACAAAAGUGAGAAGGUUUCUAAAACUAUUCGCAACAUUUUCCAAGCCGAGAGAAUUGGCGAUAAAUUGCUCAUUAAAAGUUUGGAAUCGUGGAAAACCCAAAGAAUGACUGCUCAAUAUGGAUCUUCACCUCUUGAUGAAAGUAGCGAUGAUUAUGACAAUGACAAUAAUGGAAUUCAGGUUACUAAAAGACCAAGAUCAGUAGCUGACAGCACAUUGCAUGAUUUUUAUGAUAAAAUUAAUUUACCAUUAGGCAAAAAAGAAAUUGAUCAUACAAAUGCUUUAGCUAGAACGUUAAAACCAAUCUGA